AUGGUGACUUUAAUCUUAUUGCUUGCAAUAGGUGCAUUGGCAAGACUUAAAAGCAGUUUUAGGUUUGUGACUCCAGCUGAAGUGGGGGCUUCCUACCAAACCUUAUAUUUUACUGACUCCCCCCAUCCUUGAUCGAAUAAUUGACUGUAAAAAUUACUAAAAAUUGGGGAAAUUAACCCCCAUCCUUGAUCGAACGAUUUUCAUAUCAUGCAAAAUUUUAUAUAUAUAUAAAAAUAUAUAUAUUAGUUAGUAAAAGCUUUGGAAGAUAUACAUAAUGAAGUUGUUUUCAAAGACUUUGAGACGACAGAAAGCUUCGAAGUCAACCAUUCGAAGUGAUUUAGUUAUCAACCUAGGCUUAAAAACCCAAUAAUCUAAUAAAAUACAGAUUCUUUAAAAUUUUUUAAAAAACAAAAUUAAUUUAAUGAGGAACAAAUUAAAAUUUAUACAGUUUAAAGGGGGUAGCUAAUAAAUCAAAAUAUUAAAAAUUGGUAUUUUUAUAUGAAAUUAAUUCAAUUUUUUGCUGUAAAAAUAAUUAUGAAAUACUCUUAACACUCUUAUUUAAAAGUAAAUAAAAAUAUAUAUAUAUAUUUUAUUUUAUAUAUAAAUUUUUUUUCCCAAAAAAAAUUUUUUUUUAACCCCCAUCCUUGAUCAAACGACGGCGAGUCGUUCGAUCAAGGAUUGGGGGAGUGAGAAGUUGGACCAUAUCAAUGGAGAUCCAGGAAUCAUCAACAUCAAAGUCCUAUUAAAACAAGGCCAUCCUAAUUCUCCUCUUUUUGUGUAUGUUGGAGGAGAAGCCCCAAUUGAAGUAUUUUAUACAGCUACCGGGAUUCUUGUCGGCUACUAUGGGCCUAAAUACAACGCAACUAUAGCAUUUAUAGAGCACAGAUAUUAUGGUGAGUCCAUUCCUAAUACCUAUAGUUACAAAUACUUAAGCACAGACCAAGCUCUUUGGGAUUUCGCUGACAUCGUAAGCCAACUCAAGCCACAAAACAAUACUCCUGUAGUAGCAUUCGGAGGCUCCUACGCAGGAAUGCUGUCAGCUUUCUUUAGAAUUAAAUAUCCUCAUUUGGUCGAUGGUGCAAUUGCAAGCUCAGCUCCGCUUUUAAUGUAUACCUAAUUAUAAUGAAUAGCCCAGGAACCUUAUAAUAUUUUAUAUUUAAAUAGGAUAAGAUCUAAUUGUAUGAUACAAUUAUUCAAUAAUUAGGUAUAUCUUGAUACAGACGGCUCAUCAUUUUCUCAUAUAGCUUCUAUGGACUAUUUCUUAGUAGACCGAAAUUGUAUGGGUAACGUUUUUGACGGCUUCAAUAUUUUGGACAACUUUAUAGAUCGACCUUUACAAUACCCAGCGCUAGAGCUGAUUUUUAAGACUUGCAAUAGUAUUGAUGAGAUGUCUGAUGUUAUGGCCUUAGAAGACUUCUUAACCGAUGCUUUUCAAACGAUGGCUCAAUUUAACUAUCCUUAUCCUUACAAUAUUGCAGGCACGCUUCCAGCAUUUCCAGUUAACGUAAGCUGCUCAAUUAUGUCUCAGCAUACUCAGACUGAAAAUAUGUGGACGACUUUGCAAGGUUUGGCAUUAAUUGCUGAUAUUUUUUACAAUUCCACAGGCCAAACAACCUGCUUUGAUACUUAUUAUGAUUCCAGCAUGCAAGCUGACCCUUGGACUUAUCAAACUUGUACUGAACUUUUAAUGCCAUAUGGACAGUAUGGGUUGCCUAAUGAUAUGUUCCCUAAACGCCCAUGGAGUUUUACUCAGUUUAGUCAGCAAUGCAUGCAAACAUUUGGGGUGAGUCCAAGAUUGGAUUGGGAGCCUGUUAAUUAUGGAAUGACUGCUAAUGUAAAUUCUACGCUGAGAUAUGCAUCGAAUAUUGUUUUUUCACAAGGAGUGAUGGAUCCUUGGUCUGGAGGAUGCAUUCAAGAUGAAAUCAACGCUAAUACGUUGGUAAUCAAAAUUUCAAAAGCUGCCCAUUGCUUUGAUCUGAAAUCUCCAUCUCCAAGAGACCCGCAGUCACUGAUACUGGCAAGACAGCAAGAAGAAAUUUUGAUUAACCAAUGGAUUGGAUCGAAGCUGGCAAUGCUAGACCGCUAA